ACGCAGGACGAGUAUUGUUGUAUUAUGUUAAUGUUUAUUUUCUUCUAUUCAAGCGUUUAAAAAAACAACAACAAAUAAAAAAAUAAAUAAAUAAAGGAUGCGCGUGUGUGAGUCCACCAAUCAGAUGAGCCGGUGGGGCGUCCUCCUCACAAAUGCCCGAAGCAAACUGUUUGAUUUACUCCAAGUGUCUAGAUUCACUUCACCAGACAGUGAUGCGAGUGGUAAAUACUGAUGAAGUGGAUGGACGUCCAAUAACAGGUGUGCUCGAGCUGCUCUGCGAACAGUUUGAUUAAAUACAAUCUUAUGCUGACAAAUUAGUAAGUGUUUAGGCUAAAUUUUAUGUUGUUUUUACACAAAGGAGAUUUAUUCUGUAAGAGAUGGCUAUAAAUACGGACGCCCGUCACGCGACACAAGUCCUGCGCGAGAGCGCCGCGCUGCAGUCCACCGAUUUCGGAGAUACUCAGAAACUUCUUGACAUCUCAGACAAAGGGCUGAAGAGAGAAUUAAACCACAACGCCUCUGAUACACACCUCGUUGCGUCUCUUGCCUCGGACAAGAACGAACAGACUGAUGAAAACAUUUACUCAGUGCCCUGCUCCCCAUCGCGGGUCAGUUUCAGCCGCGCGCCAUCGCCCACGCCCGGAGAGCGCGAGCCAUGCAGCUUCAUGUGGGUGGCCGUGAUCUCCUGCUUCUGCCCGGCCGUUCCCAUAAACCUGUUCGCGCUUUAUUUCGCGCACGUGUCUCGGUCCAUGAUACAAGCAAAAGAUUAUGAUGGGGGCAGAAGACUUGGACGUCUUGCUUUGUUGCUUAGUGUUGUUUCCAUUGUUGUGGGUCUGGCGAUAGUCCUUUAUCUGGUGAUUACAGAGAUUGACUAGUCCUGGACAUCCUACAUCCAAAAUUGAUGUAAACGGGUAUUGGAGCUGAAGAAGAUGAAUGAUAAAUGCCAUGUGAAAAAAACAAAGUUAGAUUAUACAUUUAUGUAAUAUACAGUAGUAAAUUUGUUUUUAGGUUUUUUUUUUUCUUGAUGGCUUUCAGCCAUUUUUUUUUCUGUUUUGGCAAAUUAAGCUUUUUGCGUUAUGAUGUUUAAGCACAAAAUUAAUUUUGCAAUAAAUCUUUUUAAAAAAAAGCAUUUUCAGUAUUAUUUUCUACAUAAAACAAUCAGCUGCACAAUUUUGAAUUCCAUACAUUUUAACUCUUUCAAAUAAGAAUGAUUCCUAUGCAAAUUUAAAACUAUAAUUUUUUUUUCUUUAUUUUUAUUCUUUAGUACAUUAUGCCAAUGUAUGCAUGUUGCAAUGAGAAUAUGACAUCUGUUCAUGAAGCUGGUGCAUACAAAAGCACAUUUAAUUAUUGUAAUAUGCAUUGCAUUUUAUGUAAUCUGUUUAAAAGGACAGUUUACCUAAAAA